AUGGAGAGGACCCUUAUCUGUCUGAUAGUCAUCUUCUUGGGGACAGUGGCCCAUAAAACAAGCCCGCAAGGGCCAGAUCGCCUCCUGAUUAGACUUCGUCACCUUAUAGACAUUGUUGAACAGCUGAAAAUUUAUGUGAAUGACUUGGAUCCUGAACUUCUGCCAGCUCCACAAGAUGUAAAGGAGCAUUGUGAACACUCAGCUUUUGCCUGUUUUCAGAAGGCCAAACUCAAGCCAGCAAACACAGGAAACAAUAAAACGAUCAUCAAUGACUUAACCUCAAAGCUGAGGAGGAGGCUGCCUACCACGAAGGGGGCGAGAAGGCAGAAGAGCAUAGUUAAAUGCCCUUCCUGUGAUUCUUAUGAGAAAAAAACUCCCAAGGAAUUCCUAGAAAGAUUGAAAUGGCUCCUUCAAAAGAUGAUUCAUCAGCAUCUUUCCUAGAACACACAGAACCUGAAGAUUCCCAAGGGCUCUAGACACUGGACACUAUAGACACUCACCAACACAGGAGUGCACCUUGCUUCCUGGGAUUGUGAGUGGAGAAGUACAAUAUGUUACGAUAGGAACGAUUCAUAAAAGCUAC